AUCUACGUCAUGAGGUCAUCCGGGAACUUAGCGGUUUGAUUGACAGUCGUCAUGGUAACGUUCUUACUCGGCUUCCAUUUUGUUCCUUACUUUUUCUUCCGUCAAAUAUUUGAGGUGUGAUUGCUGUUACGGAUAUUAAUCGACGCGAACAAUUCAAAUCCAUUUAGAUACCAAUUAAAUGCAUAUGAGGUUGUAGUCCGAAUGAAGUAGAUAACUUUAGUUCGAUUGCAGGAGCUAAAGCGGUUGGUCAUGUCUGAGGUCCGCCGGGCCGGUCCGCUGCGCAGGUUUGGAACGCGCGCCAUUUUGUAAAAUUUACACAAAAAAGGAAGAAGUAGCUAGAUGAUGAUGAGAUCUCCCCCAAGAGAUGCAGCUAGUUCGCCGCCAGUUAAAAGGUUAUUUUCGGUAAAUAUGCAUUUCAAAUCCGUGUGUCUUGUAACGUUAUUACGUGACGAGCGUCACUGACAGCUGAUGCCUUCUCGGCGAGGGUCAAAAUGUAGCUGUAUUUCUGUGCCCAGAUCGGAUAAGUUUGUGUUGACGGAGGUUUUGAGAUGACGGAGAGGCGCUGUUGAUUUGGAAAGGAGUUGACACAAAGUCAAACGACUCAGGGUUGAAGCUUCGUCGGACAAUUUAUUUACACCGGAUCGUAAAAGAAGACAUUGGAUUUCUCACGAGAAUCGUUUUUAAACAUAUGAGAAUAUUUUCUCUCAUCCACAGAGGGACACGUAGCAACAAGAUCCACACCAAUGAUUGUGCAAGUUGAAGAUAAGUCAGAACAUCAAACGUUGAUAGACCCUGUUGAGGCAUCAGGGCUGUUCUCCUGUAGAAACCACUUGGAAGUUGGUUCAGUGGGCUGUGGUUUGCAGAUGGACUCCCUUGCCAGGAUGAUAUGAGACUUGCCAGAGGACGAUGCAUACAGGAGGAGAGACCUCAGCAUGCAAACCCUCAUCUGUACGGCUUGCUCCUUCGUUUUCGUUCAAUGUGGCAGAUGUGCAGAUGGCUGCGCAGACGCCCCAUUCUCACCCGCCGUUCAGUGACGGCCACCAGGCGAGCGCUGACCCGCCGGCACCUGUGCUGCCCUACGGCCCACAGGGCCCGCAGCUCGCCACCACCCAGGUGACUGCUGAUGUGGUGAUGUUACAGAGGCGGAUCCCCCAGUGCUUUCGGGAUCCGUCCACAGCUCCCUUAAGAAAACUCUCCAUUGAACUGAUCAAAACCUACAAACACAUCAACGAGGUUUACUAUGCAAAAAAGAAGCGGCGUCACCAACAGGGCCAAGGGGAAGACUCCAGCAACAAGAAGGAGAGGAAGAUUUACAAUGACGGUUAUGACGAUGACAACUUUGACUACAUUGUUAAAAAUGGCGAGAAAUGGAUGGAUCGCUAUGAGAUUGAUUCUUUGAUAGGCAAAGGGUCCUUUGGACAGGUCGUGAAGGCCUAUGACCGCUUGGAACAGGAGUGGGUUGCCAUUAAGAUCAUAAAAAAUAAAAAGGCUUUUCUAAACCAAGCACAGAUUGAAGUACGGCUCCUGGAGCUCAUGAACAAACAUGAUACAGAAAUGAAGUACUACAUAGUCCACCUGAAGCGUCACUUCAUGUUUCGGAACCACCUGUGUCUGGUGUUCGAGAUGCUGUCCUACAACCUGUACGACCUGCUACGCAACACCAACUUCCGCGGCGUCUCACUCAACCUGACACGCAAGUUCGCGCAGCAGUUGUGCACGGCGCUGCUCUUCCUGGCCACACCCGAGCUCAGCAUCAUCCACUGUGACCUCAAGCCCGAGAACAUCCUGCUCUGCAACCCCAAGCGAUCCGCCAUCAAGAUCGUUGACUUCGGCAGCUCCUGUCAGCUGGGCCAGCGGAUAUACCAGUACAUCCAGAGUCGGUUCUAUCGCUCUCCGGAGGUGCUUCUGGGUAUGCCCUAUGACCUGGCUAUAGACAUGUGGUCCCUGGGCUGCAUCCUGGUGGAGAUGCACACUGGAGAGCCUCUGUUCAGUGGAGCCAAUGAGGUGGACCAAAUGAACAAGAUAGUGGAAGUUCUGGGGAUCCCUCCCAGCCACAUAUUAGAUCAGGCGCCAAAGGCGAGAAAGUUCUUUGAGAAGAUGUCUGACAGCACAUGGUGUGCAAAGAAGACCAAAGAUGGAAAACGGUAUAAGCCAGCGGGCUCUCGCAAGCUGCACAACAUCCUGGGGGUGGAGGUGGGCGGCCCGGGUGGGCGGCGGGCAGGCGAGUCAGGCCACGCUGUCGCCGACUACCUGAAGUUCAAAGACCUGAUCCUACGGAUGCUGGACUAUGACCCGAAGAGCCGCAUCCAGCCGUACUACGCGCUGCAGCACAGCUUCUUCAAGAAGACGGCUGACGAGGGCACCAACACCAGCAGCAGCGUGUCCACCAGCCCGGCGCUCGAGCAGUCUCAGUCCUCCGGGACCACCUCCAGCACUUCCUCCAGCUCGGGAGGUUCUUCUGGGACGAGCACCAGUGGGCGUGCCCGCUCUGACCCCACCCAUCAGCACCGGCUCAGUGGAGGCCACUUCAGUGCUGCAGUGGGCAUGGACUGCCACAACCUCUGUCCUCAGACGAGGCAGGCAUUCCCCGGGCUGGGCUGGGUGGGUGGAGAUGGCCUCCAGCAGGCUGCCGGAGAGACCCACCCCGUCCAAGAGACCACCUUCCAUGUGCCUCCCCACCAGCCCAAGCCUCUGCACCCCCAUGGCUCCCACCACCACCACCACCACCACCACCACCACCACGGCCAGCACGGGCAGGGCCCGGCGCGUCCGCGCCCCAGACUCUACUCGCCCUCGCACAGCGCCUCCACCCAGGACUCCAUGGAGGUUUCGCAUGGCCACCUGUCCAUGACCUCCCUGUCUUCCUCGGCCUCCUCCUCAUCCACCUCCUCGUCCUCCACGGGGAACCACCACCAGGCUUACCAGAGCCGCCCGCUGGCGCUCGGCCUGGCCUACAGCCACCCGGGUGGCAUGAGCCUCGGCCUGGGCGCCUUCUCCAACCCACGCCAGGAGACGGGCUUGGCGGGGAACCCAUCCUACCCGCUAGCCACGAACUCUGGCGCGGGCCACUACAUAGCAGAGACUCACAUGGGCCUGCAUCAGGGCCUGGAGCGUGAGGACUCCCCCAUGGCUGGCGUGUGUGUGCAGCCGAGCUCCGUGGCCAGCUCCUGACUACGCUGAGGACACUUACCCCUACCACCCACCCUCCAUGUGUGUGUUUUUAAAAAAAAAAACAACAAAAAAAAACGCUGGUGUUUUUUCAGAAGUGCAUAGAGAUUAAAAGCUGCUGUAAAGAGAAGGGAAACGCUGACUGACAGUCUAGCGCCAAGCUUGGCGCACAAGCGUUCGAAGCUCCCCUCUGCUCACUGCUGGAGGCCUACGUUUCAGUCAGUUACCAGUUUUUUGCUUGGAACGUUUUUCAAGUGAAAUUUGAUUUUAUUAUACAAAGGAGAAAAAAAAGGUAUCAUACAUUUUCACCUAUUCCUUUUCACUCAGCUCGUUUUAAUUGCUUGUUAACAUAUGCACCUUCCUGACAGCCGUGAGAUUAGGUUUCUGUUUUAGGUCUGGGAGAAAGGUCCAGCGGUCGGGGAGACGUCGGCCUGUAGUCACCAGUAAUGCAAUGCGGCAAAAUCCCACUGUCAUGUCCAACGGUUCCGCUUUCAGAUGCCAUUUUUGUUUGCUUUCUCAGCAGGUGUGCUUUUUUGACCGCUUUCUCCUUCACGUUGUGCAAUUCACUGCUUUGAGUUUAGCUUUCUGUGAAGCAGCAUUAGAAAUGAUGUGCUGUGUGUGUCCCUCCUGCAGAGGGCACCAUGUGUGAGUCUCUCCCCCAGAGAGCGCAGUCUGCGAGUCUCUUCCCCAGAGGGUGCAGGUUGCAAAGCUCUAUGCCCUAGAGGGCGUAGUUUGUGAGUCUGCCUUAGAGAGCUGUGUGGGUCCCAGAGCAGCAUUGUGCUGGUAUUCUGUUUGGUGAAGAGCUCUAGUGAGCAGUGGAGUGGGCAGAAGCCUGGUACUGGGUGGUGGUGGACAGCAAGUUUGAAAUAUGGCCUUAUCACGCACUGAAUGAAGAAAAGCUGGACAUUACCCUUAAUGUGGGGGGAAAAAUAGCUUUCCUGUAUUUUUGAAGUCUGGAAUACACUUAAGUCUUUACACAUGAGAAAUAGGAAACAGAGUAUGAGAAUGGAUAUUUGAGGCCUUCCUUACCUAGAAAUCUACUAUUUGGGAGUCGUGUGGGUUUUUUUGGGGGUAUUUUUUUAUUUUAUUUCAUUUUAUUUUUUUGUUUUUUUGGGGGAUUUUUUUUUUUUUCUUUUUUUUGCUGGGCCUUGUGAAUUCACACAUUUAGUGUUGCAAGUUGAAUGGAAUCAGCUACUGCUGUGUCCCGUAGUGCUUUGUUUGUUUGUUUGUUUCCCACUCGCUUUUUCUUCUUUGCUUUGUUUUAAUUUUGUUGUUUUCAGCAUGAUUUGCUUUGAGCCUCUGCACAUUUUUAUUUUGUGUUCACCCUGGAAAUCUUAAAAUGCAGAUGUUUGUGUGACCUGCUUUUUAUUUUGCCUCACAAUUAUGCUGUGAAUUUUAGGAGAGUUUAAUUUCCCUCUUGAUAAUUUAUUGUACCAAAGCAGUUUUUUUUAUAGCACAUAGAUGUCUGUAACCAAUAAUGUAGCAGUUGUGCACUUUGAAACAAGGUGUAUCAGACCUUUUUUUUAAUGUCAGUAAAAUGGCUGUAUCUAUUGCUUUAUCAAUACUGGAACUGUUGUUUAAUGCGGCAUAUUUACUGAGCGCUGGAUCCCGAACAGUAUCAGUUUUAAUUCGUUUUUUUGGUUGUUGUUGUUGCUGUUGUUGUUGCUGUUGUUGUUGCUGUUGUUGUUGUUGCUUUGUUUGUUUGUUUUUGUUUUUCGUGAGUAGAUUUUAGUUUGGCUUUGCUCUGUGAGAUAGAGGGAGGGUUGAUGCCUGUGCUCUUGGCUGCUCUCUGGGUUCCAGAGCUUCAUGGUAGAUGGUGACUGUCUAGACGCGAGAGCUCUGUCCCCUUUGCCCACACAAGGUGCGAAACGAGGAGUGGCAGACCGCGCGUCCAAUCAGAUGGCCGGCUCCGCUGCCUUAAGUGCCCAGCGCCCGCCACUCUCCCGAAAGAAACGACUCCGCUGCAGUGUCUGCAGGCUCAGCAAGGAGGGCGUGGCUUCGGGUUCUGGUCUGGCCCCUCUGUGGGCUUGGACAGAAAAGGCUCAGCACCAGCUCUCAAUAAGUUGGACAGGGGCGGGGGGGGGGGUUGACAUGCGUGAGAACACAGUCUGGUCAACAGAGUCAUCUUUCUGUCUCGUGCUCUAUUACUUUCUCCCUUUUUGCUGAAGGUAUCCUCAUAUGCCUCUCUCUCUCUCUCUCUCUCUCUCUCUCUCUCUCUCUCUCUCUCUCUGUGUGUGUGUGUGUCUCUCUCUCUCUCUCUCUCUCUCUCUCUGUCGCACUCUUUCUCUCUUGCUCUCUCCAUGUGAGCGUGAUCAUGCCUAUAAAUACAAGGUAAAUGCUCCUAUAGGGUUCUUAUUCUUGGCCAGCAGCAGAGGACAGCUAACGGGAGGAGUCCAUGAAACCCAGGCUUCAGGUGUUUACUUUGUGACCCCAUUUUAAUAGCUGAAAUAGAAUUUAUGUACAUAUUUAUAUUUUUUUAAUAAAGGAAGUUUAGAACUCACUACUUUUUUCCUAAUGGUAUUUUGAGUACAUUUAAGUCAGCUUGGUGACCAUGCAGUGGAACUCUGUGGUAGUCAAUGGGUAUCAGUGCUUCCAGCCCAAAGUAGUUGACAAUGCCAGUACAAAUGCAAAACUCUAGGGUUUAAAUCUAACAGGAGAGUAGAUAUUCAUACCUUAAAUAUAAUAGACAGGGUAUAGUGUGUGGAUGUGUGUCUACAAUCCGAAUGGCGGCAGUGUUUUCAUAUAUUCGUAUACAUAAGAGAUUAUGUAUGCCUAGUACAGGAAAUAUUUUUGUUGUGUUAAUUUGGCACAAGUUUCAAUAAAUGGGUCCAUGUGAAACUGGAAAGUAGGCUAUUGCUGGAGGUGCGCGUGUCAAAGUGCACAGCGGUCGUUUACACAGUCCGAACCGUCGCAUCCUUGGUGAACGUCAACUCUUGACUACAAGUCCCACAACCGCAACUCCCCCAGGACGAGCGUGAAGCCCCACUGCGGCUUUCCCCUCCCUGCCCUGAUCCCUGACCCCUGACCCCCCCACCCCCACCUCAGGCCUCCAUGCCCACUCGAGUCUCCAGCCCCUUCUCCCUUUGGUUCCAGGACAUCUGAUGUGCACUGCUGAGCUGAACAGUGUGACAAGGAGAAGUACCUUUUAUCCACAGAUUGUACGAUCAGGACUUUCUGUGUAAAGUAAAAUGUUACUGAGAGGCAGAAAUGGACAAACCCUUUGUACUAUAUUCAAGCGGUCUUAUGUAUGACAUAAAAAGAAAAGUUGCUUAACUUU